ACAUAAGCCAAAUGUUUAGACCACUUGUAGAGUUGAAACGCACCUGAGCCGUGACCGGACCAACAAAACUGCCUUACCUAAUCCACCCCGGCUGCAUGUGCCUUCCAACCUCGCCGAAACACCAGCUCUCCCACAGGCCUUCGACACUCGCCCAACAUGUCGCAAACCAGCGAAUUGGACAAGCUAAACAGCAUCGAUGACGUCCUCUCCCAGCAACGCGCCGAAUACGAAGAUUGCACGCCCUGCAGGCUUCUAGGUAUGCCGCCUGCCCUCGCUCCGCAGCCCAUCCCGCCUAACCUAACCCUUCCUCUCCAAUCCGCAGGCUCCGCCGCCUUCACCGGUCUGGGCAUCUACACCUACCACUCCGGGCGCCAACAGCUGAUCGCGCGGGAGAAGGAGAUUCUACGCAGCGGCACCAAGUAUGGGCUUGCGGCGCGCAGGAUGAGCUUGCUGGGCUUGAGCGCCAUGUUGGUGGGCGCGGGGGUGUACCGGCUGGUGAAUUGAACACACAUGUUGGCAGGGAUGGCAUGGGGAAGGGAAUAGCUGAGGAUUGCUGAGACGACAAUCACCGCCUGCCGCCAUCACACCAGGUUUGUGAUCCCUCAGGCAGGACGUGGUGCAAGAGCACACGGCGCGCGAGUCGCACGGACGGUCCAGAGCAGAAGAGGGGUCGUUGGCUGGACGAGCCAUUGCCCACCGUGUACCACAAGGACACCCAGCUUGCGUUUGGAAGUGGCCAAAUGCACGCUUCGUCGAAGAGAGGGUUUGCAACGAGGUCACGCAGGCGUGUCAAGUAGGCAAGGUGGUGUAUGCCACAACAUCGUGCACAUCAGCUCCGGCACAAGAACAAGAAGCAAUGCGGAUAUGAACAAUCUCAG